UUUCAACUUAAUUCAUCUUCCAUUGCUUUGCCGGAGCAGGCUUAUCAUCAAUUUUUUAAGACUUUAUUUUAUUACUUCUUUUACGACAGGAUUCGCUAUUCAUACCAGGAUCAGCUUCCACCAGAGCAUUUUAAUUGUUUUUCAGUAUUCUGGAAAAAUAAAAAAUCCCCCAAGCCCAAGGACAGACUUGCGAAAUCACGCCUGGCUGACUGAUUGACUAAUUGGUGUUUCUGCAUGGACUAGACCAAGGCCUGUUAAUGAUCUUGGAGAGAAAAUACAUGGCCAACAACCGAUCUGACAUGCUGACAACAACGCCUAUGGUGCAAAAGACUGCGACAUCUGUCUCAGUCUCAGUUUCUCCCGCCCACGUCUAUAGCGCCAUCUAUCCGCUUCAACAACACCUCCAAAGGGACCGCCAGAGUCAAGAAUCUGUACCGCCACAACCACAGCCUCAGCUUCAACCACAAUCCUACCCGCUAUUGCACCAAGAGCGCGCAGAGACCCCUCAGCUAUCCUCCUCACCCCCGUACGAUAUAUCCGCUCCUCAUUCAUCAGGAGAGUUCACUAGGACGCCCUCCAAAUCAGGCUCAUCUAUAUCACCAUCAUCUCCCUCUUCAACUUCUCCUUCUCCACAACAGAAGCUCCCAACCACGUUGCCUCAAUUUCGAUCCAAUGAACAAGACCAAGACAAGGAUCAAGGACAAGCCAAACUACAUGGAGCUCCUCCUUCUCCGCCCAAUCCGGAUACGUGGGCUGCCCUCUCUGGAAACAAUCACCAAAACAAUCAAAGUGCCUGCCACGAGGAUGACCAAAAGCUCGUUGUACGCUUGGAUUUGAGGAAAUUAGGAGGAGGCGGAGGUGGAGGAGGAGGCGGAGGUGGAGGAGUAGGACUUGGAUUAGGAGAAGCGGGAAAAGGAGGAGCGGUCGGAGCAGGAAAUAGAAAAGCCUCUCUACGCGGACAAUCAAAGCAAGUGCCUUCCGAUCGUUCAAUAGCCAAGGCAACCUCAUCCCCGUCAGUACAAACGAUUAUUGAUACCAGUUCUUGGUCAGCCGCUAAACCUGCAUCUUUGCGAGCGACUACACCCUCUUCGAUUUUACAGUCAGCUGAGAUUCUUGAAGACAAAUCGUUGAAUCCACCAAUAGAAUCCCUUUCAACAAAAAAGUCGGAUCAGUGCCCCUUUCUAAUACCUGGGUCAGCCUGCAAUGGUCACACUAGAACUAAAGAAGAGUCAUCGUCACAUCAGUCCCUUACAUCCCUAGAGCGCGGCCACAGCGUGGUGGAUGAAGAAUACUCCAGUCCACGGACCGAUGAGGAUGAUGAUUACGUAGACUCUGGUCCACAGGCGGUUAAGAGACCUAGUUCUGCCAGGGUUUUAAGGGACACUAGCUCAAGAAAGCGGACAAGGACCCCUGACAAUAGCGCUGUCAAAAAAAAGAAAAUAGAUGACGAAAUCAAACGGUCAAAACAAGGUGCUACUAGUUGCAAAAAACCCACCAAAAAUAAUAUGAUAUCCAAGGACAUUCUCUCCAUAACAGGUGACGAGCUCGCUCUUAAGUACAAUAAUGACUACUGUGAGGCAUGUAUGGGUUUAGGGGAGUUUAUCUGCUGUGAUUCCUGCCCAAAAGCUUUUCACUUCUCAUGUUGUCAACCUCCUAUGGACUCGCUUAAUCUUCCAGAUGAGUGGAACUGUAAUGAGUGCCGCGCAGUAAAGGAUCCACCUCCACCUAGUCAACCAGGGAUUUUCAAGCAGCUGAUGGACAAUGUGAAUAGAAAGAACCCAAAAGCAUUUAGUCUCCCAGGAGAAAUACGGUCCUUUUUCAAAGGAGUCAUUGCAAACAGUGAUGGGGAAUACGAAGACGCUGUGGACCAUAAACCAAAAUCAAAGCGCAGCAGCUCGAAUGGGGCGACUGGAUAUAUAUCACGGGCAGAGGAAGAGGCAUUGCAGAUACAAGACACCCAUGGCAACAUUCGAAUAUGCUACAGCUGCAAUAAGAGUGCAGUUAAUGGUCGAUGGAUGAUAAGUUGCGAUCAUUGUCCACUACAUUGGCAUCUGGACUGCUUAUCCCCACCAAUGACGUCUCCUCCACCAACAACCCGCAAAUGGAUUUGUCCGAAUCACGCUGAGCAUGUUUUGCCACGGCGGCGAAAACGGCGAGAUGCAGUACCUGUUCAACUGGACGAUCCCGAUGCACCUAAUGACGGGGAUAUUGAAGUAGUGUCAGAUCAGGAUAUAUCGACGGGAAAGAAGUCAAUAUGGGAUACAGACACAAGCGGAAUCUUGUACAGGAUACCUGAAAGAAGUAUUAAGCAAAGCUUUAUUGAAAAGUGUCAAAGGGCUAGAGAAUCUAUUGUAGAAGCUAAGCUUGAGCAGAUAGGAGUAACCGCCAGAACUCAAGCAACAGGCUCAUCUGAUCUGCGAUUCGACCUACUAGUUGCAGCAGUGAUGGCAAAUGAGCAUAUCUCAAAUUCAUCACCAGCGGAGGAGCCCUCGAAUCAAUAUCAGAGUCAUCAAGAAAAGAAUGAGCCAGAUUAUGUACGACAAGAGCGGACCCAAAAGGCUGUUUUGGAUCAGCUAACAGAUCCGAUAGAGCGGCAGGAGUAUAGACGGUUUCAAGCCUUUCAACGCUAUAUACGUGAACAUGGUGCUGAGGAAGCUAUUACACAAUGGUUGGACCAUCAAGAGCGCGAAAAAGAACGAAUCGCGACUCUUGGACUCUUGAACUUGUGAUCUAUAUGUGUCUCAUUUACAUUCAACUUUAUUAUUAUUAUCGUCUUUUGUCUUUUCUCUCUUUUAACUUUUAAUUCAGAUCUACCUUGUCUCCUUUAUUGUAGAUAUUGUAGUCUUCAUCAUCAUCCCUUCAUCCAUUUGUUUUUACUCUCUGUUUUUAUUAUUCUUCUCACUGUUUUUUAUGAUUAUUUUCUUUGAUUUGUAAAGUAUAACACAUGAUAAGAGAGACUAGACAACAAACCCCUGUUCACCCACUCAUUCAGACGCACACAAAAAGAAAACAUUCAAACAUCACAACGUUAUUGGUGUCAGCUAAGCAUAUUGUGAUAUGAUUAAUUAAACUAUGGGUUUUGUACUG